AUGGACCCCCCCAGGGCCCCCCCUGCCCCCCCCGUGGCGCUGCCGGCGCUGGACGCCAUCGCCUUCUCGGGGGGAGGGGCCGAGAGCCCCGCACGGACACUGACCCUCACAGUGACCACUGCGCUGACCCCUGCAGUGACCCCCACAGUGACCCCUGCAGUGACCCCCACAGUGACCACUGCAGUGACCCCUGCAGUGACCCCUGCGCUGACCCCCACAGUGACCCCUGAGCUGACCCCCACACGGACACUGCUGCCCCCUGAGCUGACCCCUGCAGUGACCCCUGCAGUGACCACUGCCCAGACCCCCUCCUUGACCAUGACCCCCACCCAAGCCACCGCACUGACCACUGCCUUGACCCCCACCCUGACCACUCCCCUGACCCCCGCACUGACCCCCACCCUGACCCCCACCCUGACCCCUGCACUGACCCCUGCUCCGGCCGCAGUCCCGGACGUGUUCUGGGCCAGCCUGCUCCGUGCCCAGCUCUGUGUCCAGGAGCUCCAGGGCGCCAUCGAGGGACAGACGGACACUGGGGAACAACAGCACCAGGACCUGGCCCAGGACCAUCCUCAGGACCACCACCAGGAUGGGGCUGGGAGCAUCUCCCAGGAGCUCCAAGGCCAAGAAUCCAGGUUUGAGGAGAUCUUCCAGGUAUUCGUGGAUGAGAACAUCUCACCCAAAGCCGUGGUCACACAUGACAACAUCUCACCCAAGUCCAUGGAUGAGGACAUCCCACCCAAACCCAUGGAUGGCAACAUCUCACCCAAACCAAUGGUCACACACGAGGACAUCUCACCCAAAUCCAUGACCAUAGAUGGGAACGUCUCCCAGGAGCUCCAAAGCCCUGAAUCCACGUUUGAGGAGAUCUUCCAGGUGUGCAUGGGUGAGGACAUCCCAUCCAAACCCACGGCUGUAGAUGAGGACAUCCCACCCAAAUCCAUGGCCGAGGAUGAGGACACCCCACGCAAAUCCAUGUUGAUGGAUGAGAACAUCUUCCAGAUGUCCACAGAUGGUUCCAUCCCACCCAAAUCCAUGGCCAUGGAGCUCUCCCAGGAGCUCCGCGACCAUGAAUCCAUGCGUGAGGAGAUCUUCCAGGCGUGCACGGAUGUGGACAUCCCACCCAAAUCCAUGCCCAUGGAUGAGAACAUUUCCCAGGUGUUUACAGAUGGCUCCAUCCCACCCAAGCCCAUGCCCAUGGAUGGGAGCAUCUCCCAGGAGCUCCAAGGCCAUGGAUCCAUGUUUGAGGAGAUCCUGCAGGUGUCCAUGGAUGAGGACAUCCCAUCCCAGGCCAUUCCCAGGAACCAAAGCUUUGAGUUCUUCUUUGGGGGCAUCAUGUCCAUGGGUGGUGAGACCUCAUCGUGGACCGUGACCAUGGAUGUGAUCGCCUCACCCCAAUUCAUGACCACAGAUGGGACCUUCUCUCCAGAGCACCUGGCUGUGGAUUCAAGGAUGUCACCUGAGCCUGUGACCAUGGAUGGUCCCACCUUGGCCAAGACCGUGACCAUGGAUGGUCCUGCCUCACCCAGGUCCAUGACCAUGGAUGGUCCCACCUCACCCAGGCCUGUGACCAUGGAUGGUCCCACCUCACCCAGGUCUGUGACCAUGGAUGGUCCCACCUCACCCAGGCCCGUGACCCCUGAUGAAGCGAUUUCUCCAGAGAACGUUCCCGUGGAUUCCAGGAUCUCCCCCAGUCCCAUGACCAUGGAUGGGACCACCAUGGAUGGUCCCAUCUCCUCCAGGCCCCAAGCCCCCAGACUCAGCCAGGAGGGAGAGGAAGGUGACCAUGAUGGUGACAACCACCAUGACCAUGAUGACCACGAUGACCACCAUGACUGUGAUAACCGCGAUGGCCACAAUGACCUUGAUGACCACAAAGACCACGAUAACCGCCAUGAUAACCACCAUGAUCACCAUGACCUAGAUCACCAUGAUAACCACCAUGACCUGGAUGAUCACAAUGACCAUGAUGACCACCAUGACCUCAAUGACCACAAUGACUUCAGUGACCUCAAUGACCAUAAUGACUGUGAUGACCCCCAUGACCACCAUGACCACAAGGACCAUGAUGAUUACAAUGACCUAGAUGACAACCAUGACCAUGAUGACCACAAAGACCACGAUGACCACCAUGACCACCGUGACGACCACCAUGAGCUCAAUGACCUUGAUGACGACAAAGACCUCAAUGACCACAAAGACCAUGAAGACCACCAUGACCUUGAUGACCACUAUGACCACAAUGUCCACCAUGACCACGAUGAGCACAAAGACCAUGAUGACCGCAAUGACUGUGAUGACCGCAAUGACUGUGAUGACCACCAUGAGCUCAAUGACCACAAUGACCUAGAUGACCAUCAUGACCACCAUGACCGUGAUGACCACCAUGACCACGGUGACUCCUCCCAUGAAGAUGAACACAAGGAGAACCUGGAUGAGGAGGACCUAGAUGAGGAGAAGAACAUGAAGGAGAAGAACCUGGAUGAGGAGGAUCUGGAUGAGGACGUGGAUGAGGACCUGGAUGAUGAGGAGAACCUGGAUGAGGAGAACCUGGAGGAUGACCUGGAUGAUGAGGAGGACCUGGACGAGGAGCCCCAUUUCCACACCAACCCCCUGUUCCAGCGCCCGCUGCCCCCGGGGGUGCCCCCCUGGCGUCCCCACGGUGCCACCCUCGAUGCCACCCUCGGGUGCCACCGCACAGGAGCCGCCACCACCACCACCACGGGCUGGGGACCACCCAGAACCCCGGAAUUUGGGGACACCCCGGAUCCGCCUCCAGAAUUUGGGGACCCACCAGAAUUCGGGGAUCCCCUGGAAUUUGGGGACCCCCCGGAAUUUGGGGACCCCCUGGAAUUUGGGGACCCCCCCUUGGUGUCUUCUCCUCCUCCCCCAGGACCACCCAGAACUCCAGAAUUUGGGGACCCCCCGGAUCCGCCUCUGGAAUUUGGGGACCCCUUGGAUCCACCCCUGGAAUUUGGGGACCCUCCCAAACGGGUGGACCCAAAAUGGGGGGGGACCCCCCCGGCCCCCCCCCAAGCCCCGGGAUUUUUGGGGGGUCCCCCCCCCGACCCUGAGGAGCCGCCCCCCAAAACCAGCCUGGAGCCCCCCAGGGAGGACCCCCAGGCCCUGGCCCGGCGCCUUUUCCGCCUGGACGGGGUCAGGAAGUCCCAGGUGGCCUCGUACCUGCGCAAGGACACGGAGUUCAGCGCUCGGGUGGCGCGGGAGUACCUGGAGCUCUUCCAGUUCCAGGGGCUGAGCCUGGAGCAGGCCCUGAGGCAGUUCCUGCGGGCCCUGGUGCUCUCGGGGGAGACUCAGGAGCGCGAGCGAGUCCUGGGGCACUUCUCGAGCCGCUUCCACCGCUGCAACCCCGGGCUGUUCCCUUCGGCUGACUCCGUUCACACCCUCACCUGCGCCCUGAUGCUGCUCAACACCGACCUGCACGGCCAGCGCCUGGGCCGGGCCAUGAGCAGCUCCGAGUUUGUGACCAACCUGAGCGGGAUGAUGGACGGGCAGGACUUCCCCCGGGAGCAGCUCAAGGCUCUGUACGGUUCCAUCCGCAGCCGGAAACUGGAAUGGGCAACGGACGACGAGGACGAGCCCGAGUCCCAAAAGGCCAAAAAAGCCCCAAAAUUCCCAAAUCCCGAAAUUCCCCCGGAACUCCUGGGGGGCCCCGGCCCCGCCCGCAGGGGGGUCCUGGCCAGGAAGGUCCUGGCAGAGAGCGAUGGCAAAAAGGCCCCGUGGGGCCGGCGGGGCUGGAAGCGUUUCAGGGCCGAGCUCCGGGGGCCCCUCCUGGCGCUGCAGAGGGACCCCCCCGAGGGCCCCGAGGAGGUUUUGGGGCUGCCCCACGCCCUGGCCCAGCCGCACCCCAAAUACACCAAGCGCCCCAACGUGUUCCUGCUGCGCACCGGGGACCGGCGCGAGUUCCUCUGCCAGGCACAGAGCCCCCAGGAGCUGUCCCAGUGGGUGUUUGGCAUCAACGUGGCCGCCGCCCUCUGCUCGUCGCCGCCGUUCCCCGCGGCCGUGGGGUCCCGGCGCCGCUUCGUGAGACCCAUCCUGCCCUCGGCGCCCAGCCGCUGCCCCCCGGAGCAGCAGCAGUGCCAGCUGCGCCGCUGGUUGGGGACAGUGACGUGCCAGCUCCUGGAGCACCAGCGGCUCCUGCCCGAGGGACGGGGACGGGAGCAGGAGGAGCACCGGGCACACGGGGACUUCCUGCGGCACGAGCGCCAGCGCUGCCUGACCUACGUGCAGGCUCUGGGGGCGUGGCUGCGCGGGGACAGCGGGGACAGCGCCACCCUCGGGGACAGCGGCGGGGACCUCGGGGACCUUGGGGACCUUGGGGACAGCCCCGAGUGUCCCCCCGUCCCCGCGCCGCUCACCAAGUGCCACUCGAGCCCCUCGCUGGUGACAGAGCCGCCCCCGGGCCGCGUGCGGCGCCACAUCUCGGAGCGCAGGGCCACGCGCGUCAUCGUCCCCAAGCGCCACCGGGACAGGCUGUGA